AUGCGGCGCGGUGCGGUACCGUGCGGCCCGGCUCCGCCAGGUGCGGUGCGAUGCGGCGCGGUACCGUGCGGCCCGGCUCCGCCAGGUGCGGCGCGGUGCGGUGCGGUACCGUGCGGCGCGGCUCCGCCAGGUGCGGUGCGAUGCGGCGCGGUGCGGUACCGUGUGGCGCGGCUCCGCCAGGUGCGGCGCGGUGCGGCGCGGUGCGGUACCGUGCGGCCCGGCUCCGCCAGGUGCGGCGCGGUGCGGUACCGUGCGGCGCGGCUCCGCCAGGUGCGGCCCCGCCAGACCCGGCCCCGCUGCCGUCCACGUGGCCGCGCGCACGGAGGCGAGGCCGCGCGGCGGGACGGGGGCGCGCAGCCAAUCAGAGAGCAGCGGGGCGGGGCAGCGCCGGCGCUCCGCCACUCAACGGGCGGGGGCGGGGCCGGCAGCGCGGAGCUCGCCAGCGAUUGGCGCAACCGGCGGCCGGUGUUGCAUCAUUCGCCGCCCGCGGGGCCGCCGGCCGCGCCGCUGCGCUCCGCCAGGCGGCGCCAUGCGCGGCCGGGGCCCUCAGGCGGCGCUCGCCGUGGGCCCGGCCGGCCCCGGCCGCCCUCCCGCGGACGCCGGGACGCCGCGGGGCCGGAGCGCAGCGGGCGCCAGGAGGGACUCUGGCUCCCCGAGCGCUUGCUCUGCUCGGGUCUCCCGCUCCCCUCCGCCUUGGCCGGCCCGGGACGCGGCGGUGCCGCCUCCCCCGGCGGGCCCGCACGCGACCCUGCGGUCCCUCGUGCUCUGGGAAUCGCCCGCAGAUUUCCCCAGGGAUUUCCCGGCCCGAACGGGAGGGAGUUUCCGCCCCCGGUUCCCCUGGGGCCCUGCGGCUCCUUCCUGCCCUCGGCCCUUUCGGGUCUCCUCAGACCCUGCGGCCUGCGCUGUGGCGGACCGGGCCGCCCUGUUCUUCUGAAACUCCAGCAGCAGCAGAGAUUUUUUUCCUAA